AUGGGGGGUGAGAGGGGUCGUGGAGGAACAGAGAGGGGCUCCAAGGCAGCCCUGGCGCUCCCUGGGCUCAGCCUCCCUGCCCGCCCUCGGUGCCAAUCCCAAUCCCAACCCCGUCCCGUGUGCCCCCAGAACUUGAAGAAGAGCUGGCACCCCCAGACCCUGCGCAAUGUGGAGAAGGUGUGGAAGGCGGAGCAGAAGCAUGAGGCCGAGAGGAGGAAGAUCGAGGAGCUGCAGCGGGAGCUGCAGGAGGAGCGGGCGCGGGAGGAGAUGCAGCGCUACGCCGAGGACAUGGGCACGCUGCGGAAAAGGGAAGAGAAGCUGGAGUGGAUGUACCAGGGCCCCGGGGGGAUGGUGAACAGGGAGGAAUAUCUCAUGGGGCGCCCUGUGGACAAGUUCAUCUUCGAGAAGGCCGAGGACAAGGAGGCAGGAUGUUCCAGUGAGACUGGGCUGCUCCCAGGAUCCAUCUUUGCCAAGUCUGGGGCCAAUUCCGUGCUGGACAUGGCCAACAAAAUCCGGGAGGACCCGCUCUUCAUGAUCAGGUGCUGGGAGGGAGCUCCAGGGAGGGAGGCCCUGGCUGGGAACUGGGCUGUGGGGCUUAGAAACACUGCAGAGACAUGUUUAUAUGUGUAUUUUAAUUUAUACAUGUUAGAAAUGCCUUUAAAUUCGAAAAUUUGGGGCGUCUGUCAAUUUUUAUAA